ACUAAACCAUUCAGCACACUAUGACAGACCCGGCUGAAUUAACACACUGUGAAAUAACGACAGCGCGUUCCCAAUUUUGCAUUUGUAUCAAGCUUGUAUGGCAGGCAGCAUUACUUGACUGGAAAAUCAGUACUUGAACUGGAAGAGUAUCCUUGUUAACCGACAACCAGAAAAUGGGAAAUAUCGGCAGCUUACCAAAUAGCCAUUUGGUUAUUCAUGUGAAGACAGGCGACCGGAAAGGCGCUGGAACCGAUGCAACAAUUAAGUGCAAGUUAUACGACACCGCCGGCGUUUUUACCGACGAACUGAAACUGGCCCGCUUUUGGCACAACGACCACGAAAGAGGCCAAGUGAUGGAAUUUGCCGUGCCGGGAUCGUUUGUACCCGUCGGAUUUGGUGAAGUGGCCAAACUAGAGUUAUGGCGCGAUGCCUUCGGAUUUGGUGACAGCUGGUACCUGGAUCUGAUUUACGUAGAGGACACGAAUACUGGAAAAAAAUACUAUUUUCCCGCACAAAGAUGGAUCAAAGCCAACACCCGGUAUGUAAUGAAGCAUUACGAUACCUGUCUCCCGCAGUUCGACGAAGAACCUCGCAAUCGCCGCUUGGAGCUGGAGCACAAGAAAUCUGUGUACCGGUAUGCUAUAAACUCGCCCGGUAUGCCGGCACAAGUUGAGCGUCUUCCAGAAGAUGAGACCUUCUCGGACUCCUAUAAGUGGGACAUCGUCUCGAACAAGAUAAAGUUUAUCAAAGACCGCAAACUAAUAUCCGUUAGCAGUGGUGUACUAGCACAAUGGGAAUCAUGGGAAGAUCUCCGCCGACUGUAUAAAUACAGCAUGGAUAUGCCACUGGGAGCUAAGCACUGGAACAAUGAUCUAUGGUUUGGUACCCAAAGAUUGCAAGGAUGCAAUCCAGUGCUGAUUCGCUUGUGCAAGCAGAUUCCUAACAAUCUGACACUGGACUUGAAACGAGCGGAGGCCAUCCUGGAUGGCACGCCGGUGUCGGAAGCUGUAGCACAGAGCCGGAUCUUUAUUGUGGAUCUGAAAAUCCUUGAUAACCUCGCAUGCAAAGAUAAUCGACCGUUAUGUGCACCCAUCGCGUUGUUUCACUUGGAUAGAAAGGGCAACUUUCUCCCCUUGGCCAUCCAAUUGAAGCAGCACCCGUCUCCCACAAAUCCAGUAUUUUAUCCUACGGAUAAUCCUUAUGCAUGGCUUCUGGCCAAAAUGUGGUACAACAAUGCCGACGCUACCUUCCACCAGUCAUGCACACAUCUUGGAUUCACGCAUUUGAUGAUGGAGGGCGUGGCUGUGUGUUCCCACCGCAAUUUAUCACCAUCACAUCCUAUCUUCAAGCUACUUGCUCCCCAUUUUCUGUUUCUUCUCGCCAUUAACACUCGCGGACUGCAGAAAUUAAUCAAUCCCGGUGGAUGGGUGGACAAAACCACAACUGUCGGUUGUUCCGGCAUGUUUCAGCUUAUUGCUCGCGGAGUUUUACAAUGGCGCCUGGAUCGGGAUGCCAUCCCCGCCAAGGACUGCGCUCACCGUGGCGUAAUAGACAAAACAGUAUUGCCGUACUAUCCGUAUCGCGAUGAUGCCAUUGCCAUUUUUGAGGCAAUCCAGGAUUAUGUUACCGUGAUUGUCAAAGAUGUAUACGAUACUACAGAGAAGAUUGCUAAUGACUGGGAACUGCAGCAGUGGGUAGCGGAACUGGCAAAAGACAAGGAUGUCGGUGGAGUGGGCAUUGUGGGUAUCCCAGGAAAUGGCAAUUUCACCUCACCAGAGCAGAUCAUUACCACUUUAGCGGCCAUUAUCAGCAGCUGUAGUGUGGCUCACGCCGCAGCCAAUUUUAACCAAUAUGAUGAGUAUGCAUUCCCACCCAACUAUCCUGCAUUUUUAUCAGGAGAAAUACCUACACAAAAGGAAGGAUACACGGACCGCGAUGUACUGCUACAGCUACCCCCUAAAAGCGUUACACUGGAUACAAUGGUUGUCACUAGACUGUUGAGCUCCAAAGGAACAAAUUCUUUGGGUGAUUUCGAAGUGCAAUACUUGUAUGACCCAAUCAGCGUUGAGGCCGCCAAAAAGCUACGUCAGAGACUAAUAGUGAUUUCCAAAAGUAUUCGAGAAAGGAAUGCGCAGUCUACCACCAAGUUUCCCUAUCCUUGGCUAGACCCAGAAAUUGUGCCUAAUUCAAUUAGUAUUUAGUAAUUUUGCUGUUUGUCAGAAGCAAUAAUAUAAAAAAAUUCUUUUGAUUGUUUGACAGGCAUUGCAAGUUGCAGUAAAUACAUGCAUCGACAAACAUUUGCAAGUACGAUCAACUGAUUUGACAGCAUGCUGCCGACAAAAUCAUAGACACAUACACGUGACGUUCAAAACGUCAAAAACAUGAUUAAA